GCUACCUAUGAGCAUGCUUUAUUUCAUACAGAAUAUAGGAACCCUGUAACUUUACCAACAACACACUUUCAAAAGCGAAAAGUUUAAUGAAAGCGAAUUACGGAUAACCGUUAAUGGAACCGCUUGUCAAAUUUUCUAGUUCAUAUUUUUAUGUACACAAACCAUGAGAAUAAAUGUACUAUAAAUAAUUGAAUAAAUAAAACUUAGCGAGUGUUAUAAAGUAUUGGAAAUGAAUAUCAGUACAACGUUGGACAUUUUUGAUUGUGGCUAUGCCAGUCUUUCUUGCUUUUCACCGGAAAUUCCUAUAACUAACUUUGGUGUCGGAGUUCCUUGGCCGGAAGAAGCGUCAGGAGCUGUUGUAACCGAUAUGAUUGAUGUUUUCCGAAAAUGUUCAAAUAUUUAUGAAUUAAGCACCGAUCAACGAAUAGAGAAAUCACAAUGGAUUUGUGAUUACUCUGACGAUAUAUAUCAAACAUUGCGCGAAACGGAGUUAUGUCGAAUUGUUUUGGGGUUCCACUCAGAACAGAGUGUUUUUCGUCCUUCUAUGCUGCGUCUAUUGAAGGUUGCUGCGGAAAUGCAUAGACUUUCACGAACAACUUUACAUUUAGCGCUAUAUUUGUUAGACGGAUUUAUGGAUAAUUAUACUAUUCGCACAGAAAAAUUAAAUCUAGCUGCAUUAACUUGUUUAAUAAUAGCUGCUAAAAUUGAAGAAGCUGACAUUAACGCGCCAAAAUUUGUCGAUCUAAACAAGUUGGUGGGCGAUUUUUAUACUCUGGACGAUUUCCGGAAAGCUGAAAUGAAGGUUUUAAUGCUGUUCCAUUUUGAUUUGAUUCGACCCACUGUAGCUACUUUUGCCGAAUAUUUUGCCAACAAUGUAAUAACUCUGCACGAUUUCCAAAUGUAUUUACAAAAUUGGCAUGCCUAUUCGUAUGGAUAUCGGUGCGGUCAAACGACUGAUAUAGUGUCGCCGUUUUAUAGAACCUACGACGAAAUGGCUACCGCCUUAAGCAAAUUAUUGUUCGAACUGGUGGAUGAAUCUUUAAGUUAUGUUAAAUUCGCCAAUGCCCGUCCUUCAGUUGUUGCGGCAUCUUGCAUUGCCGCUGUGCGACAUCUCUCAUUUGUCCGACCUACUUGGACACCCUAUCUAGAAAAAAUUACCGAAUAUAGUUCAGAAGUGGUAACACCUUAUAUGGAAGCAAUUAUUGCAUUGCAUAAUUUACAUCUGAGUAAAAUACAAGCAAUGCUGUAUGCUGCAGCUAAAUUUUCAACUAACGAGGGAAAUCUUUGCGAUAGUCCGGAAUCUGGUUUUGUAUCUGUAUGCGAUACAAAAUCUGAGUUAUCUGACGAGGAAGAUAAACAAAAAGAGAAGCAGACUUCAUUAAUACUGGGAAAGAGAACACACUCCGCAGUACUUCAAGAGGAUAGUACUGAAGAACAAUAUGAUAAUACAAGUUUAAGCACUGAAUGUCCAAUGGCAAAACGCAGGAGAAUAAUAGUAACAAGCCCGGGUGAAAUUAUUUAGUUUUAAACUAUGAGGUUGUGACCCUCAGUAAAAAGUUUUUGUUGAAGUCUUAAUCCUUUUUCAGUUUUCUUAAAUGAUUUUUCUUUUUCACAUUGAAUAUUUUUGUUGUGUUAAUAAAUAUAUUAUUACAUGUGUACACUUGUAUUAUAUAUAUCUAUAUCGAUAUAUACCGCGUAAUUACUUGGCCGUUACUGCUAUAAGGAGUAUAGACCAGUAAAAAAUUAUAUUAGAUUAUAGUAUUAGAAAUAAAUAUACUGAUAAAAAUUCACUGUUGCUUCCAUGAUUCAGUGGUAUUAAAAUUGGGAUCUGAAGCAUUUAAUUACCAUAUGAAGAAGACACCCACAGCACUUAAUUUUUUCCUAAGGCAUCCAGGAGAAGAUCCAGAAGUGUGCUUUCGCAAACAAUAUAUAUCCAGAAAUACACUUUGUGGUAUUAUAAUCUUCCGUCAAGAGGCAAGCGUAUUCUUAGAAUAUUAUUUUUUCAUAUUCGUCUCGCAAUGACACAAAUCUAAGUACUUGGUCAACAGUUUAAAUAAUUCGGAAUCGUUAACUUGUGUCUAUAUAAAUUGGAUUUUAUUUAGUAUAUCUCAUAUUUUGGGUUGAUUGGGUAAUCCUAACAACUGAAUUAAUUUCCUUUUUCCAUACGACACUUCCGUUAAAAUGGUAUUAUUGAAGUAAAAAGAAAAAUAUUUAUUAUAGAUUGGCUGUUUUUAAAUAAAAACUUAUUUUACCUAUGAAUAUUUAGGAAAUUUCUGUUGUGGACAGCUUGCAGUUUGUUUCGUAUCUACAUAUAUAUAUGUAAAUAUAUAAGCAACAAAAUAUAUUCAUAAAAGAAUUCUUUUAAAUAUUU